UGGGGAAUUUAUAACGAUGCAAUCGUUUUCAUUGGAUGUUCGAUUUCACUGUUACGGAUUGCAAAGUUACAAAGUAUAUAAUAUUUACAGAACCCGAUGAGAAAUUUGAAAAAUGGAAAGCAAUAUUUUCAUAUGUUAUUAUUUAAACAAAUGACUGCAGUUUGGUGAUGGACAUACAAGUGAAACUUUUUUUAACUUUGAUUAGUUGCCGCGUGACACCUUCAUAAUACAUGUUGCUUAGAGUAUAGUAUAUACAGUUCUAUUUGAAGAACUUGUUUUAAACUUUUUCCCCAACAUGUGACAUGGAAUUCAGAAAUUUAUUAAUCGAACAUGACAAAUUACGGAACAGAAUCUCCGUGUCUUCUGGGCGUACCUGAGGUCAAAUUUGUCAAGCCUGGUAAAAACAGGCAGAGUACCGAGAAGAACGAAUUAUUGAACAAUACAGAAGUUAAAAUGAGAGAUUUUGAAAGUAUAGAUUCUGAAGAUUUCUUGGAUGAAGAAAAUAAUUUUUGUGGAGGAAAAUGUAUUUGUAUGCGACAGCGAACUUGUAUAGAAAAAUUUCUGUUUGUUUUCCUGAUUAUUGCUGUAUGUGUUAUCAUUGCUCUGAUAGCGAAAUCUUCUGGGAAGUCCAGUCAUGCAGAAAUUGACAGUAUUUGCAAGACGAAAGGAUGCAUUGAUGUAGCUAGUUCUGUACUUUCUUCGGUUGACAAUCAAGUUAAACCUUGUGAUGACUUUUAUAAAUAUGCCUGUGGUGGAUGGGAGAAAAACACGCCGAUUCCACCAGGAUAUUCUUAUUGGGACAGAACUCAGGAACUGGCAUACAAAAAUAUGUACCAGCUUCACGAGUUACUAGAAUCGUAUCGUGGCACAUCCGAUGCAAUAAAUAAAGCAAAGAAAUUCCAUGAUAGUUGCUUGCAUGAAGAGAACACAAACAAAUCAGCUAUCAUACAAAAGUUCCGAAAUCUAAUAGGGCUGAUUUCAGGAACAGAGACCAAUUAUACGUUUUCUAUUAUUCUUGAGCGGAUCCAUCAACUGAAUACUUGGCCAUUGUUUACAGUGUCUGUUGGUCCAGACGAAUGGCAAGACGAUACAAAUGUCAUUAAGAUUUCACAAAGUGAUAUGCCUUAUCCGAUAGAUGCAUUGAUAGAGGAAGAAAAAUCACAGAAAGAAAAAUAUCUCAAAUGGGAUGCUAAACAAGUUAGGCAGAAAUAUCUAGCAGAUAUGUCUAAGACAUUAAGGAUGUUUUGGAACAAAUCCGAGAUUGAGUCUUUAAAAAUUGCAGAAGAUAUGCUUGAACUAGAAGUUGAAUUAGCUAACAAGACAAGAAGCAAUGAUGAGAUCGAAUUCAGCAGAGCUGAUGUGUACAAGAAUACAACGGUAACAGAAUUUCAACAGAAGUGUUCUAUGAUUGAUUGGGAAUUGUACUUGACUACAUUAACCUACCAAACAACAAAGAUUGUCAACACCGAUAAAAUAGUCAUACUGCAUGAAGACAAACUGAUCAGUUUAUGUGGUAUAGUUGAAAACACUAUACAAGACAACUCUAGUGUUCUUUAUUACUACUUGUUAGUGCACGCUGUUCGAAGUUUUAUGCCGUAUUUUGAAGUAUCACAAUUCACAGACAUAAGUGAACAAACAGAAUUGGAAUUUGAUGGCGAGUUAUGGCGCCGAUGCACUUUCUACACAAAUAAGGCUUUUGGAUUUGCUACAGCGGCAAUGUACGUUAAUGCAACUUCCCAGAAUGACAACAUCAUACAGAUUGAACAGCUAAUUACAGAUGUAAAGGAAUCUUUUAAAGGAUUUGUUUUAAGGAAUGUGUGGUUUAGAGGAAAUGUCCGAGAAAAGGCUACGCAAAAGAUUGACGAAAUGUUGGACAAAAUAAGCUAUCCAACGUAUAUAAUGAAACAAAGUUUUCUUGAUCAGUUCUAUAAAUUUUUCGAAGUUAAAAACUAUUGGUUUGAAAAUCUGAAGAGCUGGAAGGAGUUUGAAGUAACUACAAUGUUUAGCGAACUGGGUAAAAAGACUGACAGAAAACGAUGGAUCAGACCACCUUUUAGAGUUGAAUCCGAUUACGACCCAGUAAGGAAUAAUCUAAACUUUCCAACAGCAAUGUUGCACCUUCCUUUUUAUACAGCUGAUGGGCCAAUAACGUUCAAUUAUGGUACUUUGGCUGCUAUUGUGGGACAUGAAAUAACUCAUGCAUUUGAUAUUCUUGGCAGACAGUAUAACGCUAAAGGUAAACUGGAAAACUGGUGGGAUCCACUUACUGUGAGCUCAUUUAAUCAGACUGUUAAAUGUAUGAAAGACCAAUAUGAUAACUAUAUAAUUGAUGGACAAAAAGUAAACGGUUAUAAAACAUUAGAUGAAAAUAUUGCAGACAAUGGUGGAUUGAGAGCUGCAUUUUUUGCGUAUCAACUGUGGGAACGAAAGGGUGAAUCAAAGAAAAUUCUUCCUGGUGUUGACUUAAGUAAUCGACAGCUAUUUUUUACAAGUUAUGCACAGAUGUUCUGUUCAAAGUGGAAACCUGAAGGUUUACAAAAACAUUUAAUUGAUGAUAGACAUAAUCCUGGUCCAAUUAGGGUCAGAGGAUCAGUAUCAAACAUGGAAACAUUUGCUAGUGCUUUUAAUUGCCCAUUUAUAUCACACUAUAAUCCUACCAAGAAGUGCAGAGUAUGGUAAAGACUAAACACACAACAAUCAACACAUGACCAUAUGGAAACAUGUGUAAAAAUAUUAUAACAUGUAAUGGUUGCCCAAAUAUUGUAUUCUUACCCAAAACAUGUGGAUUUGUUUAUAAUGACCAUUUAGGAGAUAAUGCUUCUUUCCUUGUAUUUCAUUUCACACAGUCAAAAGUAUAUUGUUUUUUCAAUUUACUGUUUAAUUUUUUUGUAAGAAACAUUUAAACAGCUUAAUAUACAUCAAAGAUCUGUCAGCAUUUUUACAAAUAUCCAUACUAUCAAGAGAUUAUCCAGCCUUUCAUAAUGCGUUUUUGACAAUUGUUCUUAAUAAAUGCAACUUUUCCGUAUUUUUAUUAAUUUUUGCAGACACAGAAACAAAGUGAAGCUAGUUGUGUCUAAAAUCAGAUUAAAAACAAUUGAUCAAAAUUCCAGUUUGAGCCAUGCAUGCAUAAGGUUCUGAAUCAUUACAUAUUUUUGUCAGACGUCUUGAGUAGACACAUUCAGCUGUCAUAAUAUGAAAAUGUACUAUGACUUUUUUUAAAAGGAUCCUGUUAUUGAAGUAAAUACAUGGAAUAUUAACCAUAACUCAUUAUUGGUAUUGUAUUUGUCUUAUUACGAAAUUCAUUAGUGGAUUAAGAUAUUUAAUAAAUUUUCUGACGGCAAAAUAAUAUAUAUUACAUUGUCUAUUUCUUGAGCUAUAAAACUGUGAUACCGUUAUUUAGCCUUUCUGUAAUGUAUGCUAGUGCCUUAAAAGGAGCUUCAAAAGGAAUGUAUGUCUGUUGUUUGAUCGAAAGUAUGUAUAAAAUGGUAACCGUUUUGGGCAUUCUUGUUUUGUAGUUUUUAGAACAAAUGUUCUCAUAAUGUUUUCUCAUUAUCGUUUUGUAAAAGUUAAAAAGAUUCAAUUUGAUUUUCUUUUGAUUGCUUUUAUAAUUUGAGUGAACAAAUAAUAAAGUUAUAUGGGGGAUUAGAUCUAGAGUGAAUGAGGCAGAUUCACUUGUUAUAAGAUUUAUAUUGUGUAUGAAAAAUAAGGGCUAUUUUUAGAAAUUGGACGAUUUUACAAGGAAAGUCUAUGACCAACUCAUCAUGCUCAUAUGCCAGUCUGUAUUUAUAUACAAACAUAUAUGUUUUGAUCAAAUCACUAGUCAUGUUUGAUAUAUAAUGUUAUACCACAAAGUUACAAAUGAAUGUAUGUGAGGGAGUACGAAUAUUGCAUGUUAUUAUCGUUUUUUAACAUUUAAUUGUAUUCUACCAAGUAGAAUUUAGUGUUUUUGUUUACACAUCGUUAAUUUUAAUAGCAGUGAUUAUAAAACAUAUCAAUUACAUCAAUUACCUCAUUCCCUAAUUGUAAUCGACCGUACUAUCUAUUAGUGGUUCACAUUUAUUGCCAUGAAUUAGAUAAUACAAUGUAAUGUCUGGUCGUACAGUAUAUCACUUAUUCUUCGAGAUCUCAAACUAUAAUUAAAGUCUAUUUUGGAUGGAUGAAAUCAAAAGGUUACUUUAAUAGUUUUAAUAGGACCCUUAGUGUCAGGCAAAAAAGUAUGUCUUAGUCCUGUUAGUACGCUUAGGUUGCUUAAAUUGAAAAAAAAGAGUAAACAGAAGUAAAAGAAUGAUAAUGCUAAAAUGAAUAUUGAUUAGAUAAAGUUUUCUGCUUUUUAAUUGAUUUAUAAGUCUUAGUUUAGCUAGUAAAGUGUUUUAACAAAAAAAUUUUAUUCUAAAGUAUUAAGCAUAUAAAUGGUAAAACAAAUAUAUGGAUUCAAUAGUUUAAUUUUUUUAAGAGAACAUGAAGGUUUUUGUUUAAUAUAUACAUUGAUGAUGGGCAAAAAAUUAAAAUUGGUGGAUGUAUUUAACUACACUGAAAUAAAUUUCAUUGACAUAUUAACGACAUUUUCCAUUAAAAUGUAGAUGAGUUCUUAUUAUCAAUUUAUGCCAAACAUAUUGUGUUCAAGUUAAUCGCAAAAAAUAUUACAAUUUUAAUAGUUUGAUAUGGGAAGAUCCAGAUAUCAACUGUUACUGUAAAAAGGUUGGGUUAAGGACAGAUUAAGCAAGAAAUCUUGUAUCCAAGAUGCCUUCUUCAAUUAAAUUUAUGUACCUGAAAAACUAUUUUUUUUACUUUUAAAGUGUAACCUCCAGCUCCUAUUCUGUAAUGACCUUUGUUGCAUCUUCUGAUAUUUUUUAAAGUAAGUUUACUGAAAACAUGAAAAAUCAUUUAAAAGUUUGUAUGUCGGCAUGCGAACUUUGUUGACAAACAUCUUCAUUGUUAUUUGUUACUUGUACUUUAUAGAUAAUGUUUACAAAAUGACAUGUUGACAGUAAUACCUAUAAUUGUACGUUGAACUUAUAAAUGUUUUUGUAGAUUGCUUUUCAUACAAUUGAAAAAAAUUAAUUGUUGCAUUUUUAUAAUUAAACAUUAGCUUAA